AUGUUAAAUUUUGAUGACGAUGAUUUGGAUGAUGAUGAUGAUGAUGAUUUGGAUGAUGAUGAUGAUGAUGAUGAUGAUGAUGAUGAUGAUGAUGAUUUGGAUGAUGAUGAUGAUGAUGAUGAUGAUGAUGAUGAUGAUGAUGAUGAUGAUGAUGAUGAUGAUGAUGAUGAUGAUGAUGAUGAUGAUGAUGAUGAUGAUGAUGAUGAUGAUGAUGAUGAUGAUGAUGAUGAUGAUGAUGAUGAUGAUGAUGAUGAUGAUGAUGAUGAUGAUGAUGAUGAUGAUGAUGAUGAUGAUGAUGAUGAUGAUGAUGAUGAUGAUGAUGAUGAUGAUGAUGAUGAUGAUGAUGAUGAUGAUGAUGAUGAUGAUGAUGAUGAUGAUGAUGAUGAUGAUGAUGAUGAUGAUGAUGAUGAUGAUGAUGAUGAUGAUGAUGAUGAUGAUGAUGAUGAUGAUGAUGAUGAUGAUGAUGAUGAUGAUGAUGAUGAUGAUGAUGAUGAUGAUGAUGAUGAUGAUGAUGAUGAUGAUGAUGAUGAUGAUGAUGAUGAUGAUGAUGAUGAUGAUGAUGAUGAUGAUGAUGAUGAUGAUGAUGAUGAUGAUGAUGAUGAUGAUGAUGAUGAUGAUGAUGAUGAUGAUGAUGAUGAUGAUGAUGAUGAUGAUGAUGAUGAUGAUGAUGAUGAUGAUGAUGAUGAUGAUGAUGAUGAUGAUGAUGAUGAUGAUGAUGAUGAUGAUGAUGAUGAUGAUGAUGAUGAUGAUGAUGAUGAUGAUGAUGAUGAUGAUGAUGAUGAUGAUGAUGAUGAUGAUGAUGAUGAUGAUGAUGAUGAUGAUGAUGAUGAUGAUGAUGAUGAUGAUGAUGAUGAUGAUGAUGAUGAUGAUGAUGAUGAUGAUGAUGAUGAUGAUGAUGAUGAUGAUGAUGAUGAUGAUGAUGAUGAUGAUGAUGAUGAUGAUGAUGAUGAUGAUGAUGAUGAUGAUGAUGAUGAUGAUGAUGAUGAUGAUGAUGAUGAUGAUGAUGAUGAUGAUGAUGAUGAUGAUGAUGAUGAUGAUGAUGAUGAUGAUGAUGAUGAUGAUGAUGAUGAUGAUGAUGAUGAUGAUGAUGAUGAUGAUGAUGAUGAUGAUGAUGAUGAUGAUGAUGAUGAUGAUGAUGAUGAUGAUGAUGAUGAUGAUGAUGAUGAUGAUGAUGAUGAUGAUGAUGAUGAUGAUGAUGAUGAUGAUGAUGAUGAUGAUGAUGAUGAUGAUGAUGAUGAUGAUGAUGAUGAUGAUGAUGAUGAUGAUGAUGAUGAUGAUGAUGAUGAUGAUGAUGAUGAUGAUGAUGAUGAUGAUGAUGAUGAUGAUGAUGAUGAUGAUGAUGAUGAUGAUGAUGAUGAUGAUGAUGAUGAUGAUGAUGAUGAUGAUGAUUAUGAUGAUGAUGAGUUAAUAGUCACAAAGCAUAUGUAUUUUUUAUUAUGUUCAAUCUACGUUUUGAGUUAUAAGUCAUUGUUGGAAACCUGUGAGAUGUGA